AGCCGUUGAGGACGCGCCUCGCGGGUCGCGCGCGCCGAAGCUCAGACUAAGUGGAAGUUAAAGACAGACAGACGAGGGAGCAGUGCGUCGGCAUGAAGAGGCAGAGGGCGUCCUCGCAGCGGAAGCCGGCGCGGAUCCCGUCGGGGAAGGCCGGAGCAGAAAGUGGAUUUCUCAUGGAAGUGUGUGUUGAUUCAGUUGAGUCAGCUGUGAACGCAGAAAGAGGAGGAGCCGGUCGGAUUGAAUUAUGUUCUGGUUUGUUGGAGGGAGGAACCACACCCAGCAUGGGUGUCCUUCAAGUAGUGAAGCAGUGUGUCCAGAUCCCAGUUUUUGUGAUGAUUCGGCCACGAGGAGGUGAUUUUUUAUAUUCGGAUCGUGAAAUUGAGGUGAUGAAGACUGAUAUUCGUCUUGCCAAGCUGUAUGGUGCUGAUGGUUUGGUAUUGGGGGCAUUGACUGAAGAUGGACACAUUGACAAAGAGCUGUGCAUGUCCCUUGUGGCUAUUUGCCGUCCUCUGCCAGUGACUUUCCACCGAGCCUUUGACAUGGUUCGUGAUCCAGUGGCAGCUCUAGAAACCCUCUUAACUCUGGGAUUUGAACGAGUAUUGACCAGUGGAUGUGACAGUUCAGCACUAGAAGGGCUACCCCUAAUAAAGCGACUCAUAGAUCAGUGGGGAAGUCUGAAUUGUUCUAAAAUAGAAGAGUUGAUGAAUCAGACUUCCAUUUUAAAAAGGUUACUCACUACAGACGAGAAAAUAGGGUAAAUAUAAUUGCCGUUGUCUUGUAUCGCAUUUCAAAAUGUGUGAGUGUGUGAUAUUUGUAGGUUAAUCAUUGGUUGGCAGGAAGAGCUUGGUUAAAUAUUCUCGAAUACUAACUUUACUUCUUGAAGUACUUACUUACCAGUAUAAUAUACUGAUUAAAAGUGCAGGCUUUGCGAUUAGACAGGCCUGGUUUAAAUCCUGGCUUUACCAUUUAUUACCAGUGAUGUAGGGCAAAGUACCUAACCAUCUUAAACCUCAGGUUCCUCAUCUGUAAAUUUAGGAUAGUAAUAGCACUUACCUCCUAAAAGAAAAAAAUUUUUUUGAAUAGUUUUAAGAGGUUACUUCAGAUAAUAGCACAAUGUCUGACACUUAUAAAGUGCUUUAUAUUGUUAGAAUGCUUUGGUAGCCUUAGCUAAGCGUGUAGUUCUAAAUAAUCUUUUAUAGAAGGCCACGAAAAAAAGUGAUAGAAUUUAUCUAAUCAAAAAUAUCGGUUGUCUAUGUUUUGGAAAACUUUCACUUGGUAAGAAACAGGUAAAUGUGACACUUUUUCUAAAAUCAUUUCAGCUUUCUAGAUAGUGAACUUUUCUUUCAUUGAUGCUGUUAGUACAUUUGAGACUACUAAAUUUAGCCUUGUUCCACUUCCCUAACAAUUACUAAAAUAUCUGAAAUCGCCUCUUCCCCCUUUCAUUCUCUAUUCCAUUAACUUGCUUUAUUUUUCUUCAUUGUACUUGGAAUUUAUUAUAUACAUAUACUUAUCUGUUGUCUUUUUUCUUUGAAUGUGUAAGCACCAUGAGAGUGAGAACUUUUGUCUUGUUCACCACAAUAUUCCCCAUACCUGUAACUCUCCGGUACAUGGUAGGUACUUAGUAGAAUGGCAUUUGAUAAACACUUACGUGAUAGAUCAGUUUGAUGAGGGUUAAAAAAAAUUGGUCAGAAGAGGGUUCUCUGAACUAUCUACAAAAUGAUAGUCUAUAGAUUUUUUCACAAAUUAUAUAUAUAUAUACAUAUAUUUCUGUAAUUUUGGAGCUACCUUUCCAAAAUGGCAUAUAACUCAGCCUACAUGAAAAAUAGUAUGUCAUUUCAGUGACAGAUGUACCAGAAGUUGUGGCUUGAGGUCACUUUUGACCGUUUUAUUAAGCCUGUUACUUAAAUACUAGUCUGUGGGGUGGGGAGAGUGGAGGGCAUGAUUGUGUCGUUGACUCAUACUCUACAAAAAGAUUUUUUUUACACCUUGAUAUGAUAUGCAGCUAAACCAAUAGCAAUCUGUUGAUUUUUGUAUGACUACUUUUUUCAACUUAUUUAUCUAUCUCUUUCCAUUUUUGCACCAGCAUAUUAUUAUUUCUUAUCCUUUCUUUUAAACUAAAAAAAAAAAAAUUUGGAAUCCGUUUUUCAGGAUGGCUUCUUCAAUAUCUAGCUUUUUGGAGCUAUGAUGAAGUUUGUGGCCAGGAGGCCUGGUGGGGCAGUGGUUAAGAGCUCGGCUGCUAACGAAAAGGUUGGCAGUUCAAAUCUACCAACUGCUCCUUGGAAACCCUAUGGGACAGUUCUACUCUGCCAUAGAGGGUCUCUAUGAGUCAGAAUCAACUUGAUGGCAAAAGGUUUUACAGAGUUUGUUGCCAUUACAUGAAGAUCCUCAACAGACAAUCAUACUGAAUGCUCACCUUAACUUUACACUGAUAAUUACUUAGCGCACAUUGAAGAAUCUAUAACUCACGUUAAAAGUAGCGGGGAGAGUCGUGUCUUCCUCUGCUCAUGACCUUUCCCUCCCUACUAGACUGCCUGCUACUCUUCCCUUUUUUGCAUUUGUUAUUUCUGGUGUUAGCUACUUGCUCUAUUCCUGUCCUUCUGUUUCUGUUCCCUUCUGCUCUCUUCCAUCCUUUCUUCUUUUCCCUUCUUGCCUUCUUCUCAGCUUACAUACUGUACCUCUCCUUUUUCCCCAUUUUCUCCUCCUCGCACUAAGCCAAUCUUUCCGUUUUCUCAUUUAUCUUAACUGAAUAUUAUAUAGAACUAAGUAUCUUUUUCAACAUUUAUUAUGUUUAUUGAAUACAUUAAUUGAAUAUUUCAUUUUUUUAUGGAAAAAGAAGCUAAGUUAUACAUGAUUCUUGAUCUCAUUUUUACUGUAGUUCAAUAGCACUCAAUUAAAGAUUCUAUAAAAAAAAUAUAGAACCGGUUCUAAAUACACAGGCAGAACAGUUGAGGCAAACGACUUGGAGUUGUGACAGGAUGCAGGAUUGGCUGGUCCAGCAUUAAAAAUUCAUUUCGGGGAACACAUAUAUGAAAAAAUUCAAUUUACGUAUAACUUGAUUGAUUUUAUUCUGCAAAUUAGUGAGCUUGACAUAAUAUGUAGUUUUUAUUUUGCUUUCUCAUAGCUCCACCAAGUAUCUAUUGUAUAAUGGAAUGAUUUCCUUUUGACUUUCAGUGAAACUGAGUAUACUACCAAAACUUAUUUAAGAAAUGAAACUUUGAAUUAAAAUUUUGAUAAAAGUAAAUAAAUUUCAGUAUUUAUCUUCCAGAAUUAUUAGAAAUUAAAUAACUUCUUGCAGUCUAGUUUUAUUACUUAGAAACCAGUUAAAUGGACCUAUGGCUUUGUUUAAUUGGUAUGAUAACAUAGGGGGAAUGUAGUGGAGCAUACAGGAUUUAAGUGGAUCUUUUUUUCUUUCAGUCACCUUAGAAUUAGGCCUAUGCUCUUUCUUUUCAGGGAGACCCUUAUUUAAAUUCAACCACUUCGAUCCCAUUGCGUACCAAGAACUCAGAAUUUAAUUAGUGUCAUAUUUCAGUAAUGACUUUUCUGAAGGUGGUGUGAUUAUCUAGUAUUUAUAUUGGAUUCUCUUAUUUGUGUUCAUAACAGUACAAGUCUUUAAAAGCAAUAUAAUAUAACUUUCUGGAUAGAAAGCUCUACUAUACUGUACAUCUUGCUUACUCAAGAUUCCAAAGAAAUAGAGAUCUAUUAAAAAUUAGACAUUAGUAGUAGUUUUUAAAAUUUAAUAUACUUUAACUCAUGUUUUUGUUCUCACUGCCUUAUCCCAUUUAAAAAAAAGAUAUUAAAAUUUACCUUUUUUUUUUUUCUUU